AUGCAUAUUUUGACUGAAUUUGAUUGCUUGGGUACAAGGAAGUUGAGCAUGCUGGAGGAGGAGAACAGGGAGCUGAACAUCGCCAGUGCCAGGAGGGAGGAGUCCCUGAAGCAGACGAACUUGCGAUUGGAGGAGAAGAUAAAUGAAGGUUUGAUGAUGCAGAGGCAGAUAGACAACAUGAUGCUUGAGGCCAGGAAGAUGAAGGACCACGAAUCUAACAGGAUGACAUCUGCCGACCAAGCAAACCAGGUGCAGAUGUUGGAGAUGGAGUGUCAGUUGAAUCAGUUGAGACACGAAGUUAACAAACUGAAGAGGGAGAAGGAGGAGGCUGAGAGAAGAUUGAAUCAGCGAACAAUGGACAUGAAGGACAGACUGGAGCAGUCGUGCAGCACCAAUCGAACUCUCCAGAACUACAUUCACUUCCUCAAGAACUCGUACGCAUGCGCCUUCAAUGACUCUCCCCACAUCACCAGCCUCUCACACCUCCAAGAUCUCAACUCCCGUGACUUCUUGGCAGGGGAUUUCGUCGGCAAUGUCGGCAGUGGUGCAGGGAAUAUUUUUUAA